AUGACUCAGGCUGACGCUGAUGCUAGUCCGUCAGUUGUGACAGGUCAGUUGUCUAUUAAUGGUUGUUCAUAUAAUGUGUUGUUUGAUUCGGGAGCUACUCACUCUUAUGUGUCGAGUAGAGUUAUUGAAAGUUUUCACAAGCCAUGUGAUAUUUAUGUUUCAGGGUUUCGAACCAUGUUACCCUCGGGAGACCUUAUAGUAUCCACUAGGUGGAUUCGGUCUUUGUCCUUCUGGAUUGACGGUUGUGAGUUGACCGCUAAUCUAAUCGAAUUGCAAUUAUUUGAUUUUGACAUAAUUAUGGGAAUGGAUUUCCUGUCUAAAGAUGGAGCGACAAUUGACUGCAAACGGAAGAAGGUAGUGUUUGAGCCCGAUAGUGUUAACCCAGCGCGCAGUGUUUGUGGGUAA